GCGUCUGGACGGUGCAAACCCCGCGCGCCCCGCCAAGCCCCAGACAGAGCCUCGCGGCAGCCGCAGCAACAGGCGGCGGCGGCGGGCCGGGCCCGUGGGGCGGAGGCUGCGGUGGGGCGGGGAGAGCGAGGACGAGCCGCGACUCGGGGCCGGCCGCCGGCAGGGCAGCGAGGAAGGAGAGCGCCGCCGCCUCCCGCGCUCGGCCCGCCGCAGCCCUCCCACCCGCCGCCGCCGCCGCGCCCACCCCGCGCUGGAGCCCGCGGGCGGCGGCGCGCGCAGCCUGCAGAGCCCCGGCCGCGCCGAGCCGCCGCCAGACAUGACCGUGGUGCCCGGGGACCACCUGCUGGAGCCGGAGGCGGCGGGCGGCGGCGGCGGGGAGCCGCCCCAGGGAGGCUGCGGCGGCGGCGGCGGCUGCGACCGCUACGAGCCGCUGCCACCCGCGCUGCCCGCCUCGGGCGAGCAGGACUGCUGCGGGGAGCGCGUGGUCAUCAACAUCUCCGGGCUGCGCUUCGAGACGCAGCUCAAGACCCUCUGCCAGUUCCCCGAGACGCUGCUGGGCGACCCCAAGCGGCGCAUGCGGUACUUCGACCCGCUCCGCAACGAGUACUUCUUCGACCGCAACCGACCCAGCUUCGACGCCAUCCUCUACUACUACCAGUCCGGGGGCCGCAUCCGCCGGCCGGUCAACGUGCCCAUCGACAUCUUCUCCGAGGAGAUCCGCUUCUACCAGCUGGGCGAGGAGGCCAUGGAGAAGUUCCGUGAGGACGAGGGCUUCCUGCGGGAGGAGGAGCGGCCCCUGCCCCGCCGAGACUUCCAGCGCCAGGUCUGGCUGCUCUUCGAAUACCCCGAGAGCUCCGGGCCGGCCCGGGGCAUUGCCAUCGUGUCCGUGCUGGUCAUCCUCAUCUCCAUUGUCAUCUUCUGCCUGGAGACGCUGCCGGAGUUCCGCGACGAGAAAGACUACCCCGCCUCCCCGUCGCAGGACGUGUUCGAGGCCACCAACAACAGCACGUCGGGGGCCGCCUCGGGAGCCUCCAGCUUCUCGGACCCCUUCUUCGUGGUGGAGACGCUGUGCAUCAUCUGGUUCUCCUUUGAGCUGCUGGUGCGGUUCUUCGCUUGCCCCAGUAAAGCCACCUUCUCCAGAAAUAUCAUGAACCUCAUAGACAUUGUUGCCAUCAUCCCGUAUUUCAUCACUCUGGGCACUGAGCUGGCUGAGCGACAGGGUAACGGGCAGCAGGCCAUGUCGCUGGCCAUCCUGAGGGUCAUCCGCCUAGUGAGGGUCUUCCGAAUCUUCAAGCUUUCCCGCCACUCUAAGGGGCUGCAGAUCCUGGGGCAGACACUGAAGGCGUCCAUGAGAGAGUUAGGGCUGCUCAUCUUCUUUCUCUUUAUCGGGGUCAUCCUUUUCUCCAGUGCAGUCUACUUUGCUGAGGCAGACGACCCUUCCUCGGGUUUUAACAGUAUCCCGGAUGCCUUUUGGUGGGCAGUGGUAACCAUGACAACUGUCGGUUAUGGUGACAUGCAUCCAGUGACCAUAGGAGGCAAGAUUGUGGGCUCCCUUUGUGCCAUCGCAGGUGUUUUGACCAUUGCAUUGCCAGUCCCCGUAAUUGUCUCCAACUUCAAUUACUUCUACCACCGGGAGACUGAAGGGGAAGAGCAAGCCCAGUACAUGCACGUGGGAACUUGCCAGCACCUCUCCUCGUCAGCUGAGGAGCUCCGAAAAGCCCGGAGUAACUCCACUCUGAGUAAGUCGGAGUAUAUGGUGAUCGAAGAGGGGGGUAUGAACCACAGUGCUUUCCCCCAGACCCCCUUCAAAACGGGCAACUCCACUGCCACUUGCACCACGAACAAUAACCCCAACUCCUGUGUCAACAUCAAAAAGAUAUUCACUGAUGUCUAAUAUAUGAUACGAUUGGCAUACUAUGCCCAGUAUUGUGUGGAACAUGCCCCCUUGGUCUGUGUAUGCCCUUGAUUUAUACAUCUCCAGACUAUUCAUCAAGGAACGUACGUGAAGAAGUGGAAAAGCACACUUCAUUCUCCCUCUCCCCAUUGCUUCAUACUGAAACAGGUGCCUGUUUGCAAGUGGGCUGCAUUCUCUCAGCUCUUUUUUUCCUCUCUCUCUCUCUCUCUCUCUCUCUCUCUCUCUCUCUCUCCCUGUUUCUUAAUUUUGUGACCAACAAACUUACAUUAAGCUUGGUUUCUAGUGCACGCCCUAUGAAAAACUACAUCCUGGGAGGAAAUGAAACUAAAGAAGAAUCGGAGUAACUGUUUAACCUCAAAAUCAAAAGAUAGUUGUUUCUUUACUAAGUAAAGAGGCCCUCGCUUAAACGAUACUCAUGUUUGAUGGACCUUUCAAUGUUACUUCUUGACUGUUUAGUUUAAUUACCUAACCUCUGGAUGUGUGGAUGGAAAGUCUAAGUAGAGAAAUGACUUAUAAGCCCGCCAUAAAUUCAUUUUGUUUUUUACUGGUCCUUCUAUUUGAAUCUCUCCUCUAAGAAUUUCAGGUUCAAGUUCACUUCGAACCAAAAGGGAAAUAGCCCAAAUGUCCUGAUCUGACUAUUAACUCUUUGGAGUUUGCAAAGUGUUUUUAAAAUAUUAGAUUCCAAUGAAGUUGUGGAUAUGUGUGCCAGCCAAUAUCUACAAAAGUCUAGAAACUCGUUUUCAGUGCUGCCAAGAGAAACAACAAAAAUUCCUAAUGCAUCUGAGAGAUAGGCUUCUGCAGUAUCACAAGAAGAUUAAAGUGGCAGACACCCCUUCCAGCGGAAGUUACUAAUUCGGACCUGACUGAUGCAGUUCCCAUAGCAACCCAUGUUUCCUGGGAAACCCGAAAAAGGUUGUCAUGGCAUCUUUUGCUCUUUAGCCCCACCCCCCUCGGGCCCUGCCGUUUCUACAAUAACCUUUCCAGAUGGUUCCUACUUACAUGAUUUCAUAAGAAAAAAAAAAUCACUAUUUGAAUAAGCCGCACAAAUUAAGUGUAAAACUACAAAGAAGUGAAAUGAAUUACAAAAUGCUUUUUUUUCUUUACGUUUUAUGUAAAUCAUUGAUGUUAUCCCAUAAUGACUGAAUCAAAAAGGAAAAUAUCUUUGGAAUGUUACACAGAAGCCACAAUAAGGCAUGAUCUGAAUUAAAUGUCAGUUGUUUGAUAAUAAUUUUUUAAAGACGCUUCUCUACAGUUCUUUCACUGAGAAACAGCAAGCCAACAAAUGAACUGAAAAAAAAAAGCAAUAUAAACAUGUUCUGUACAUAAGCAAGUGAGAGUCAGUGUUCUUUAAGUCUUUCUACAAGAUACCUUCAGAUUUCCUCAAUUAGAAAAGAAAAAGAAAACCAUCCAGAUUCCACAACAAGACUGUCACCAUCACAACACUGGAAAAGCAAAAUUAACCUCAAGACAUAUGAGGGAUGCACAUUUUAAUGAGUGGAUUACAGUCAGUGAAAAGGAGGAUCAGGAAAUAAACAGACCUUGAGAGAACACCUUCAAAUUUCAGCCACAUGCUAAGGGCUGCCAGCAGACAGACAGACUCAGGUCCCUCAAGAGCCCCACCUAAGGAACUGUAGAGUGAACCUGACUGGAAGGAUGCUCAGCUUCAGACUGCUUGGAUAAGAAUGCAGUGGCAGUUACAUAUUUCCAUCUCACUUAAUAUUCAGAGAUGCAUCUCAACAAAUGCUUCCUAAGAAGGAAAGAACUCAAAGCUGGAGGGCACCCUUCAUAUUGUUAGUGGUACAAAUGAUAUCGAGUAGGAGAUAAAGAGGUAUAUUAAAAAUAAAAAAUAAGUGUUAAGGUAUCAUGUCAAGCUGUUGACAUUCUGGUAGAGUCAAAUCGUCCAAAAGCUAUAAUCAGUGUCACAGAUAAAGAUAGCCUCCUGUGUGUUUCUAGCAAGCCAACUAGUGCUGUAUUAUUUUUUCAUUGAAGUACUGGACUGUAUUUAAUUAUAAAAUCUGUUCCUAUAGUCUUAUGUUCUGGAUUAUGUUUAACUUUACCUGUGAGGGUGUGAUUAUACCAAAGGCUUCCAUUGGUAGAUUUGCCCAUUCACACAAAUAAGUGAAGUCAACACUGUGCCCAGAUGAAUGGUAUUAAGGACAGACUUGCCUAAAAGAAAUGUGCCUUGCUUGAUGAAACAUUCUUUUAUUUUUUAAUUCAAAAUGGUAGAUUUACAAAUUAGAUUUUAGGUAGGUUUUAGUUUACCUUAGUUUUACAAAAAUAUACUAGUACUUAUUCUAUGUUUAAGUUGUCUGUGUUAAGUAAAUUUUAAUAUUUAGUUAAAUUUAGACAGUUCAUAUGUAUUCUAUUUUACUUUCAUGGGAUUUUUGGUAUGGUGAGACAAAGUAUGUCUUUAAAGAUAUAUAAUAUCUCAUUUGAUGUUUAUAACUUUUCCUUCAAAUUGUAUGUGUAAAAGAUUUUUGAAUCAUUUUCUAUUUUUAUAUUCUUUUAGAAAUGGAACUCUUUUUCAAUGUAAAAAAAGGCAGAUUUUAGUUGGAAAAGAGACUUGGGAAGUCAUGAAGAUGGCUUCCCAUUUGGGAACAUAUAACUUCUGUGCCAUUAUUGUAUUUACUGUGACAUCUCAGCAGAAUGGUAGCUAUUUAUAUAUUAUUUCAUAAGCCUUAUGGAAAGUCAAACUGUGAACAUUUAGUGUGUACACUGCUUUAUUCAUUGCCAUUGUUUAUUGUCAAAAUAUGCUUAAACAAGUAAAUAAAAUUAAUGAGUACUUUUAGAAGUUUAACUACUAUAAAAAUAUUUCAGUCUCAAAACCAGGAUUAUAAAUUUUAUGACGACCUACAAAAAAUUACAGUGAUGAAUUUCAUUAAUCUAUAAGAACCUUAACUAAAUAUGCAUUUAUGUAGUGACUCCCAAAUAGCAAUACAAUCCAGGUAACUUUCUUUGAGGCAAUGUCUAAAAUGAAUUUUUAAUAAUCUUCUGGUAAUUUCUUCAUGGUCAAAAGUUGGAGGCCAUAUUGCUAUAGUUUUAGUGAAGAUAAAGAGAUGACAACUAUCUUCGAUUUGAGUGAUAUGAGCCUCCAAGUGAGAUGGUUCUGAGUUAAGUGAAAAUAUAGCCACCACCUUGUUUUUGUUCGUUUUCACUCAUGUAAUAGAGAUACUGGCACAGGGACAGUCAGCCCUUUGCAAUCAUCGUACUGUCAUAACUGAUAGUCACAGCCUGGUUAGCAGUAAAGCAAUCCUUGUGGAUGGAAACCAACUGGGGCUUCCUAAACUUUCAGAUUUUUUUUUGUAAGGAUCAGUAGGUAUUGCAAAGUUAUGCAAGAACUACCUUCAUGCAAUGACACAACUUUAAGCAAUGUAAUAUAACUAUAUAAUAGUAUAUCUGUUUUAUGAUUAUAGGCUACAGUUUCGAAUAAAGACAAAACUUUUACCCACACACACACACACACACCAAAGAAAAGCACAGAACAGUAUCAGAUGCAUGAGAUAUACCAAAACAUUCGCAUGUAGUUGUAAAAAUAGCAUUGGCUUAGGUAACAGGAUACUGGCAUUCUUACCCAUUGCCUACCUCUGGAACCCCAGAGAGGUCAUUACCAUUGCUAGGCUUUAAUUUCUUGAAUUGCUGAGUGUGUGCACCAGGUUCAGCAAACUCGAAAGCCUUUUCCAGCUACCAGAUCUUAUUAUACACAUUUCUUUAAAAAUGCUUUGAAGAAUUCUUAACAUUAUUAAGUUUUUUUUAUUCAUUUCUAAAGAAAAAUUUGAAAUAAGAUUUAAGCCUUGAAAGUAUUAUGAAAUGACACUUUGAAAUAGGAUUCCUUCUUCUUUAUGAUCUUUCACUCAUCUAUAAUAGGAUCAUGGGGAAAAAAUGAGGCUGGGGGAAUCCCUUUGCAGAAGAGAAACAAAUUGAAGAAGUAGCUAACAAGGUGGGGCGGAUAUUGGUAACAUUAAUUGGAUGUUACAGUGAUUCGCAAAGUAUGCAUGAAAUGCAGAAAUGGUCCCAGAACUUUGUUGCACAUUAUGAGACUGAAAGUAGGAACAGACUGGAGAACGGAAGUGUUUGCUUUAUGAUCUCUUUAUUCUUUCUACACUUAGACGGGCAUCUGCCUGCAAAUGAUUCAUUUGCUCCAGGAAAGUCCCUUUAAUUUUACAGAACUCCAGUUUCUUAAUCUGUAAAUUGAACAGUUUAAAAGAUGAAUAUAGUAAUCUUCAUAUUUCUUUUAAUAUUCUGUGGCAUUUCGUAUCUUAAAAUAUAUCCAUGCAUACGAAUAUAUGUGGAUCCCUCCAUUUGUCACUGUGAUGUCAUGUCGUUCUCAAGUAACUGAAACAACUACAAACUCAAACAUUGAUAUUUCUAAUACUGCUAUUUGACCUCAACAAGACCUAUAAAACUUAGACCUCAUUUUUCAUUCUGGCAUGACUGAAUUAUUUUAAAAAAAUCUGUCACUUUACCUUUUAAUAGUGAGUUCAUUGCAUAAACAAAUAUCUUUUCAAGUUACUCUGCAAAACAUUUUGUAAUUUCUUAAUCAUACUGUGAUACAUACCAAUAAACUAAGGCUGACUGUUAGGAUACAAUUUUGUCACAUUUAAAAGUUAAUGCACCUUUUGGCCCUAGAAGCUAUAAUUAUAAUAUAAAAGAAUAUUCAUGAAAUUUUGUGAAUUUUUUAAUACAAAGGAAGCCUGUCGAGCCGUACUGUAAUUAGUUUUGCUCAGGAGUGAGAACACAUUCAGGGAUAACCCAAACACUUCUGUUUGGCUUUAGUGGACAACUGGGGAAAGGAGGGUUAUAUCUUUUGCACAACACAGAAAGCAGAUGAGGAUACCCAUUCAAAUGGGAGUGUUUUCUGGUGGCUGGGUUAGUAUAGAGGGAGAUAGGUUAGAAGAAUGCCAGAAAUCAGACACUAGAAAAGUUAGUAAAAUGGUAGCGCUCCAUUUGGUAACACAGAAAUAUUUUGUCAUACUGAGAUUAUUUGUCCAGAAAGUUAGUCUUCUAUCCCUUCCAUUCAUAAAAGGAGGUUUCAAAAUGCCUCUGUCAUAAUAGGAAAUGUAUAUUUUGACUAGUGGAGCAAUUAGCUAACGCACUUAAUCUAAAAAUUUUAGUUUGUGAAUCUAAAUUUUCAUCUUAGGUGUAACUUAGUCUCUUGUGUAUGUGGUAGUGUCUGUGAUCAUGAGAAAGUAUCUCAUCAUUUUUUAAAGUUGAAAAAUGUGCUGUGUGGUGAUUCCCGCAUACUGUGUUAAUAUUGUACCAUUUGUGAACUGACCACACUGAACAAACCAUAGUGUUUCUUUUUCGGUGAGUUGUUUCUAUGGUGUGAUUGUUUCAUGCUGGGGGUGGGGGUGGGGAAGCUAAGUAUUUAGUUUGCUUAAGAUGUCAGAGGUGUUUUUUUUAAUGCCAUAAAAUUGUGUGACAAUAAACCAAAUAAGAAAAUUCUUUUUCUUCAACUGUGAGACAACUGUGUAGACUACUUUGGGGACAACCCCAUAAAUGCUGUCAUUUGUGUUUCUAAAAGCUUAUAUAUAUUGCAUAUAUAUAAUGGACAAUAUAUACCACAUACAAAGGAAAGCAAACAAUGCAUGUAGUGUUUCUUGGAGUCUACAUGUUUUUAUUUACAUAGAAUACUUAUGCAUUGCAAAGAUCAUCAACAUAUUCUGUUUAAUUUGUAAAACACUGUCCAUAUGAAUAACUAAUAUCAUCUGAAGUUUAGAGAUUGAAGAGUCAAAGUUUUGAAGAACCAAAUGACUUAUCAUAAAUCGUGUGCCUGUAAGUGGCUCUAAAUGUCAUUCUCUUUACAUUUUUCACUCUGGCAUAUUGUGUGUACUCUAUCGCUAUCAUUAUAGUUCAAACUGAAACUUUAAAAGAUAUGUUGAAAUGUUAAGGUUUUAGUAAAAAGGAGUCAUUGGGAUUGUGUUAGACCUUUUUCGAUAACUUUCAGACUGUAUCUCCCUACAGGGAGUACCCAAAGAUUUUCCCAACUAAAACAUUUUAAGUCCCUCCACUCAAAUCAUACACCCACAUAUUCAGUUAAUGCCAUCUUGCUAAACAAAAAAGAAAAGUUCAUUUGUUUCUUUCACUUGCUUUUUAAAAGCCCAUUGUAACAACUAAUUUCUGAAAAGUUUUUUUAAAACAACUAGAAAAUUUUCAGCCAUUCUGAUUCAGAGGUGGAAAAAGCUAGUCCCCAUAGCAAUCUCUUAAAAGAAACUCAUCAUUUCCAUUAACUGUAUAGAAAUACUGAAUUACUAAGUCAUAGGUAUCAGUAUUGUUAACACUAGUUCAAAUACUGGUAAGCUUUUCAUCAUUUAAUGAUCUACUGAAGGAUUUUCCCAGGUUAAAUUACAACCCAGUGACUUUCUCAGUGUGAGUGUGAAGAACGUUCGUGUUUUAAUCUAUUACAGAUGCUACUUUUUUGUCCUUAAACAUCAGGUGGACAGUGGUCUGCUUUCCCUUGUAAAUCAACAGUCAAGCGACACAUUCUCUACUUCUCUGUACGGUGCAGGGUUCGUGUAACUAAGUCGAACAUGUGCUUGUUAUACUGGCAUUUAAAAUCUCCUAACACUGAUUUCAGCUUUCCUCAUGAAAAUAGAAAAGUCAAGCGAGUAUUAUUUUGUAUAAAGUAAAGUAAUAAUUAUUCUUAAUAACAAUGGGAUUCUAAUUACAAUGUAAAAUCAAACCUGCAUUUUAUAUUUUUAUAUUCUUUUUCUUUUGACAUUGAGUUAGGUCAGUUUGCCACAUAGCAAUGUAAAGUUGAAUUCUUUUACCAUGUUCUCUACUUAAUUUGGGGCCUUUUGUUAAGUAAAUACCUAAAGCUUCUGAUUCUGUGGUAUUUUCUUGUGAUGAAUUUUUAAUUUGUCAUUGGACUUGAAGUGUUUGUUGCAAAUGUUAUAAACAAUCCAAUAAAGCACCUGGAAACA